AAUAUAUAUAUAUAUAUUUAUUUUUCAGAUUCGGAUUACUGUUCCCUGGUGAAAGAAAUCCCACCCUAUCACGAGGGUAGGAGGUUGCUGGAUCUAAUGGACAUGGCUGUCUUAGACUUUCUCAUGGGGAACAUGGAUAGACACCAUUACGAGACGUUCAAGAUUUUCGGCAACAACACGUUUCCCCUGCACUUGGAUCACGGCAGAGGAUUUGGCAGACCUUUCCACGACGAGAUCUCCAUCCUUGCCCCCAUCUUGCAGUGUUGCAUGAUCAGGCAAACGACUCUGACCACUCUUCUAAAAUUUCACAACGGACCAGUCCCACUGAGCGAGGCACUGCGAAAAAGCAUGGCCAAGGACCCAGUGGCCCCCGUUCUCUGGGAACCCCAUCUGGCGGCUCUCGACAGGAGGGUGCGCGUGAUUCUUCAAGCGAUCAGAGACUGCGUGAAUCGAGAGGAUUCGAGCCAAAUCGUCCACGAGAAAACGGAGGAUACCGGAUCCUAGCCGUUUCGUUCGAUUUCCUAGUGCGAAUUAAAGAUUCUGAUCAAACUUU